ACCCCAUCGAACAAAAAAAAAACACAAAUGGCAACAACUGAACUGAACUGAUAUUAUUUACUAUUUGAGUUAGAUCCUUUAAACACACUCUUGUACACUACUCAGUACCAAACCAAAAACACACGCCCAAAAUGCAAGUUCAAAUCUCCGAAACAACGUUAAUCGUCCCAGCCAAUCCACCAUUCUCCGACGACCACGUUCUCUCUCUGUCCCACAUCGACAACGACCCAAAUCUCCGAGUCACCUUCCGUUACCUCCGGGCCUACGUUAGCACCAACCCAUCUGCUCCCUCCUCAAACCCAUCCCACGUCAUAUCUUCGGCCCUCUCCUCCGCUCUGCUUCACUACUACCCCCUCGCCGGCACCCUCCGAUCUCUCCCGGACCGGCGGCUCGAGCUGUUGUGUUCGAAAGGUCAAGGCGUCCCGCUUGUUCUAGCCAAAGUAGGUUGCACCCUUGAUUCGGUGAAUUACCUCGAUGACCCGGAUACGCAAUUCGUCGAACAGUUGGUGCCCAACCCAGGUCCGGACGAGGGACUGGCCCAACCGUGUAUGCUCCAGAUCACGAUGUUUGAUUGCGGCGGGUUCACUCUCGGUACAGCACUUCACCACUCGCUCGCCGACGGACUCGGCGCAACUCAGUUCUUCAAUGUGGCGGCCGAGUUCGCGCGGGGCGCAACUCGGGCGUCGAUUACGCCGGUGUGGGACCGGGAAAGUUUGCUGGGUCCCCGCGAUCCGCCACGUGUCGAGGCUCCGAUCCGGGAGUUCUUGAGCUUGAACAGUGGGUUCUCGGCUUACGAGCAAUCGAUUGGUCCGGUUGUGAGGGAAUGCUUUGAUGUGAAAGACGAGUGUCUGGAUCGGUUCAAGAGCGAGAUCUUAAACCGGUCCGGGUUGAACUUUACCACGUUCGAAGCUCUCGGAGCUUUCAUUUGGCGAGCCAAAGUCAAAGCUUCAGCGAUCCCAAGUAAUGAGAUAGUAAAGUAUGCAUACUCACUCAACAUAAGAAAGCUAGUGAAGCCGCCAUUACCGGUCGGCUAUUGGGGCAAUGGUUGUGCUCCAAUGUACGCCAAGAUGAGAGCCAAGGAUUUAGUGGAGAAGCCCAUUUGGGAAACGGCGGAGUUGAUCAAGAAGAGCAAAAGAAACGCUAGUGACGAGUACGUACGCUCCUUCAUCGAUUUCCAAGGCUUGCAUUGUGGUGAAGGCAUUACGGCUGGGAAAGAGGUGAGUGGGUUCACAGACUGGAGACACUUGGGACACUCUACUGUCGAUUUUGGUUGGGGUGGUCCUGUGACUGUGUUGCCCCUCUCCACGCACCUUCUUGGGGGUCUCGAGCCUUGCUAUUUCUUGCCUUACUCUUCGGCCAGUGUUGGAAACAAGGAUGGUUUCAAGGUUUCGGUGGCUUUAAGAGAGACUGCCAUGCCUGCAUUUAAGGUUGAGAUGGACAAGUUUCGAAAUGGAGAAUUCGGGUUGUGUAAGUAAUAUGUCAAAGAAUAUAGAAUAUGCUUGUGAUAAAUAAAGAUUGAUUAAGAAAGCUCUUUUGGUUUUA